GGAGGCUGAAUGUUAACCAGCACCGUCGUAAUCUCAGCGCUGCGUCGGUAGAGGGUUUGAUUUAAAGAAACAAAGAUAAAUAAAUCCAUCAUAACCGUCGACCUCUCGGAGCAGCUGACUAUGCGCCAGAGCCGCGUCCGCACAGCGCGGGGCCAGCAGCCGCUCCGUCGGCUCGACUGAUCAGAGAAGAAAAAAGAGAAAAGAGAAAACCCUCAAAAAAACGUAUUUUUUCCGCUGAGUGAAAUGUAUCGCGACUGCUCGGGACUCACAUUCUGACAAUGGAGAUAGAAAACAUAGUGGCUAACACGGUCCUCCUGAAGGCGAGAGAAGGUGGUGGAGGGAAGAGGAAUGGUCGCAGCAAGAAAUGGAAGGAGAUGCUCAAACUCCCACACAUCAGCCAGUGUGAGGAGCUACGCCGCUCUAUCGACAGGGACUACACCAGUUUAUGUGAGAAGCAGCCCAUUGGUCGGCUCUUAUUCCGUCAGUACUGUGACACCAGGCCAGAGCUGAAGCGCUGCAUCGAGUUUAUGGAUGCUGUGGCCAUGUACCAGCUAGCUCCUGACGAGAAGAGGAGGGACUGUGGACUGAAUGUUUUAGACACAUACUUCAAUAAUGGGUCGGCAGCCCAUCUGCCAGACGUACCCCAGGAUGUGGUAGCUGGGUGUCGUGAGAGGCUGGAGCAGAGUCCGUGUAAGGAGCUCUUCAAUGACUGCACCAAAAUAGUUCGUGAUUAUCUGAGUGGAGCUCCAUUCUCCUCCUACCACGAGUCAAUGUACUUCUCUCGCUUCCUGCAGUGGAAAUGGUUGGAGAGGCAACCAGUAACCAAAAAUACCUUCAGACAUUACAGAGUACUAGGAAAAGGUGGAUUUGGCGAGGUUUGUGCCUGCCAAGUACGUGCCACCGGUAAGAUGUACGCCUGUAAAAAGCUGGAAAAGAAACGAGUGAAGAAAAGAAAAGGUGAAGCAAUGGCACUAAACGAAAAACGCAUUUUAGAAAAAGUUAACAGUAGUUUUGUAGUUAGUCUAGCAUAUGCCUAUGAGACCAAGGAUGCGCUGUGCCUGGUGUUGACCAUAAUGAACGGCGGUGACUUAAAGUUUCACAUCUACAACAUGGGCAACUCAGGCUUCGACGAGCAGAGGGCCAUCUUCUAUGCUGCUGAGAUCUGCUGUGGCCUUGAGGACCUGCACCGUGAGAGGAUAGUCUACAGGGAUUUGAAACCUGAAAACAUCCUUCUGGAUGAUCGUGGACACAUCCGAAUUUCAGACUUGGGCCUUGCUGUUCAAAUCCCUGAAGGAGAGACGAUACGAGGGAGAGUGGGCACCGUUGGAUACAUGGCUCCCGAGGUGAUCCAGAACGAGAGCUACAACUUCAGCCCGGACUGGUGGGGGCUGGGCUGCCUGGUCUUUGAGAUGAUUCAGGGCCAGUCGCCCUUCCGCAAGCGCAAGGAGCGUGUCAAGCGGGAGGAGGUGGACAGACGAGUGCGCGAGGACCAGGAGGAGUACUCCGAUAAGUUCGCAGAGGAGGCGAAGGACAUCUGCAGACAGCUCCUGUCUAAGGACCCCAAGGAGCGACUGGGCUGUCAGGGUCGAGGGGCCAUAGAGGUGAAGCAGCACCCCAUCUUCAGAAACAUCAACUUCAAACGGCUGGAGGCCAACAUGCUGGACCCUCCCUUCAGCCCUGAUCCUCGGGCCGUUUACUGUAAAGACGUCCUGGACAUUGAGCAGUUCUCCACUGUCAAAGGGGUGAACCUUGACCCCACUGAUGACGACUUCUACCACAAGUUUGUCACAGGCAGUGUCUCCAUCCCGUGGCAGAACGAGAUGAUCGAGAUGGAGUGCUUCAAAGAAAUCAACGUCUACGAGACUGACGGGACGCUGUGCUCAGACCUGGACGUGAAUCGGCCCAAUCCUCCACCAAAGAGAGGCUUCUUCUACCGCCUGUUCAGAAGAGAGGCAAGUGCUAGUGCUCCGGCAACUGUCCGAGGGGGUGGGGGCUAAGGUCUGUUUUAAGAGCGGUUACAGUGACGACGAGAUCGAGGAGCCCUCGCGACUUUAAACCACUCCCUCCACCUGCCCCC